AUGGCUUCUCCUGCAGUUUUUCUUUAGGUCUCCGUCAAAGCUUUGGUCUACGUAUCUUUUUGUUGCUCUUGAUCUGGAAGCUUAUUAGGUUAUUGCAGAGAACUCAUCAUCUGUUUGUCCUGAAAUGGAUGAAAGCAGCGGUAAGGGAAGCUUAACACCUCUAUCAAACUAUAGAUUGGGGAAAACCCUGGGUAUUGGAGCGUUUGGUAAAGUGAAAGCAGCCCAACAUAUCUUGACGGGGGUCAAAGUUGCUAUCAAAAUCCUUGCUCGUCAAUCAUUCCAUGAUUAUGCUGCAGAGAAAGUGAGACGAGAGAUUAAUAUAAUGAGGCUUCUUUCCCAUCCACAUAUUGUUCGUCUUUAUGAGGUCAUAGAGACUCGGUCAGCCAUAUAUGUCAUCAUGGAGUAUAUGAACUCAGGUGAACUAUUUGAUUAUAUUACCGAGAAUAGUAGACUUGAGGAGGAUGAGGCUCGCCAUUUCUUUCAACAGAUUAUUUCUGGUGUUGAGAGUUGCCACCUUCACAUGGUGGUUCACCGCGAUCUUAAGCCAGAGAACCUACUUAUUGACUCUAAAGGCAAUGUCAAAAUAGCUGACUUCGGACUCGCCAAUGUUAUGCGGGAUGGCCAUCUUCUAAAAACAAGCUGUGGAAGCCCAAAUUAUGCUUCUCCAGAGGUUAUCUCAGGAAGUCUUUAUGCUGGUCCUGAAGUUGAUGUUUGGAGUUGUGGGGUUGUUUUAUAUGCUCUUCUAUGUGGAAGUCUUCCUUUUGAUGAUGAAAGUCUUUCUGGCUUAUAUGCAAAGAUAAAGAGUGGAAUAUACACAUACCCAAAUUACUUAUCUAUUGGGGCACGUGACUUGAUUACACGGAUGCUUCUUGUUGAUCCAGUUAACCGUAUAUCUAUUCCUGAAAUCUACAAGCAUGCAUGGUUCCAAAAACAUCUUCCACAAUACAUUGCAGGCUGCUCAAUCAAUGCUUCAUGGAGUGCAAGAAAGGUUGAUGUUCAAGUUCUAGAAGAGAUGGGUAUCAUAGGCUUUGAUGUUCAAGAAGUGAUUGGAUCUUUGAAUAACUUGCUGCAUAAUCAGGCAACAGUUACAUAUUCUAUACUAUUGCAUAAGCACUUGAGUAACCAUAGUUACCACAACGACUAUCUUCUAGGAUCUUUGCCACCAGAAUGCAUGGAACGUCGAGAUAUUUACGUAAGACCAAUUUCUCCUGUUCAAGGCAAGUGGGUACUUGGAUUCAAGUCUCGUGCAUCGCCACAUGAAACUAUGGGAGAUGUUUUAACUGUCUUCAAGAGCUUAAAUGUACAAUGGAAGAAGAUAGGGCCCUACAACAUGAAAUGUAUUUGGAAACCAGCAGUUGAAAGCUAUUCCAUGCCUAUGGCAAUCCAUAGAAUUAGUUUAACAGAAGAUACAGAUGUACCAAUGAAGAGCUCAAACAAGGGAAGUUUUAGUUCUUAUGAUGCUGUCAAGUUUGAAAUUCAGCUUUACAGAGCCACCACAGCGGAGUCAUAUCUUCUGGAUUGGCAAAGGAUCUACGGGCCUCCGUUUCUUUUCAUCGAACUUUGUGCUGGAUUUCGUGCAUGUGUAGUGAUUACAUGAAUUAAAAGAAUGACUCUCUAACAUGCACAAGAAUACCUCAAAAUAUGUCACUUUCUUAUUCUUAUACAUAACCCUUAAGAAGCAAUUUGAAGAAUGUCGCAUCACAAAUCAAGUUGGAUCGACUCUUGUGUUGUACAUCCUUAAUCUAAAGUAAUAUUUAGAAUCCAAAAACCAUCAGAUGUCUCUUUAAGGAGUAAAAUUUCAUAUUUGUGGUUUCGAAUCUUCUACCAAUUCACAGACUCCAACCUACAGUGAUAACUCUCAUUUGGUGACUACCAAGUCACAAACUCGAUGGAAAGAAUUUUCUUAAGUGGUCUCAGCCAGUUCUAAUGGUUAUCCGAGGAAGAGGCAAACUGUGGUACCUUAAUGGUAGCAUCCUCGCCAUAGUUCUACUGAUAAGGUAUGAUGGGUAGGAACUCGACAACUCAAUUGUGAUGGCAUGGCUCAUCAAGUCUAUGGAAAAGCAACAUCAGUUGUACCCAUCUAUUGUUUAAAAUUUUAAAAAGUACUCUGACUAGGGAAAUGCCGCCAAACUGUUUGAGAUCAAGAUGAAGUUGAAAGAGAUUCGUCAAGGUACAUCGCAAGUAACUAACUACUAUGACUGUUUGAAAGUCUUAUGGCAGGAAAUGGAUAUGUUCUAUGAAGCUGAUUGGGGCGAAGUCGAAGGACCUGUCAAAUUCAAGGUGCACCUGGAGAAAGAAAGACUAUGAUUUCCUAGCAGGUUUAAAUCGUGAUUUAGAUGAGGUGCACUUGUCUCAAAAUGACCACCCAUCUUUAAGCCUCGAGAAAGAGGAGACUCACGGCAGAACAAGCAAAGAGAUCGUGUAUGGUGUACUCACUGCAACAGAACAGGCCACACACGUGACAAGUGUUACAAGAUUCAUGGACAUCUAUGGGCAAUCAAGAAUCACAUCACAGCUAGGGCGCACCAUACAUCAUCAUCUUCUCUUGUACCAGAGGAACUACCUAUCUCAGAUGUGGUAAUGAAUGUCUAGUUGAACUACCUACCUCAGAUGUGGUAAUGAAUGUCUAGUUGAACAUAGCCAGUUAGAGACUCUGCACCAACUCCUCAGCAAACCUAUCCAAUGUAAUGCCUUUAAUGUCCUUUCUAAAUCAAGUGGUAAUACCCAUUGGAUCUUCGACUCAGAGGCCUCCGAUCACAUGACCAACAACUCCUCUCUUUUCAUACGCCACACAAUCCAGGGUAAGGAUCACCAAUGGAUCCUUCUCCCUGGCUGCAAGCAUGGGCUCAGUUCGUCUCACAGAUCAAAUCACACUCACUAAAGUUCUUCAUAUUCCAAAGUUGACUUGCAAUCUCCUAUCUAUUGACAAGCUUACUCAAGAUAACCAAUACCUGGCUGUAUUCUCUUCCACUGAUUGCCUUGUACAGAAACAAGGAUCGGGGAUGACGAUUGACAAUGCUAAAGUCGAAAAUGGACUCUAUAUAGAAAGCAAUGAAUCUAAGAAUAAACAAGCAUAUUCAAGCUCUGCAGUUUCACCUCCCAGUAAUGACACAAUCAUGAUGUGGCAUCAUAGACUAGGGCACCCCAAACUUUCAGUACCUUAAACAUUUGUUUCCAUAACUAUUUCGAAAUAAAGAUGUUGGUUCUUUUAUGUGUGAAUAACAAGGUAGCCGUAGGGGAACCUGCGGCUGAAAUUUGUCAGUUAUCAAAAUAUACUCGUAUUCCUUAUUCGCUAAAACCUUAUACUACCUCUCAACCAUUUUCAUUAAUUUACAAUGAUAUAUGGGAACCAGCCGUAUGAAAAAUGUUUCUGGAUCAAAAUGGUUUAUCAUGUUCAUCGAUGACCAUACACGCCUAUGUUGGGUUUAUCUCCUUACAGACAAAUCAGAAGCCCCGAAAACCUUCCAAAGCUUUCACACCAUAAUUCAAAAUCACUUCCAAACAACAAUCCACACGCUUCGCACCGACAAUGGUAGGGAAUGCUUCAAUUCCACUCUAGGAUCCUAUCUCUCUGACAUGGCAUUAUUCACCAAAGCUCAUGUCUGGACGCACCCCAACAAAAUAGAGUCUUCGAAAGAGAGAUGGACCUGAUUUAUUUGUUUAUUCGAGGAGACAUCGCUCUACCAGAAUGAAUAAAUCAACGACUUUGGAUUGCCAUGGAAAUUGUUCUGGAAAUGAACAACCAUCAGUUGUUGUCUCGGACACCACAAGUCAUGAAUACCUCCCAAUUGCACUUCGAACGGGGGUCCGAUCAUGUACCUUUUU